CACCUUCCGGCCCAAGUUUGGCAAAUCCCUGCUCGGAGGGAGCAAAUUAGUGCGGUUGUUUUAUCAGCGUUGCCGUGCCGCUUGAAGAACAAGAUUGAAGUGUGCUCAAACGGUCUUUGUUGUGGUUUCCAUUCAAAAGAAGAAGAAAAAAAAAAGCAAAGCAAACCAGUUCCGGGUGAGUUGCAAGCUUUCGGCAAAUGUUGAUGGCACCCUACCAGGAAGAGCUCAAAGGGAAAAUAAAGCCCUCGGGCUGAGUCCUGACGAGGAAGUGAGUGUAAAUUAUCUUUUCUUUUUUUUUUUCCCCUUCUUCUACCGCUCUCAGCAGCUACUUCCUCCUCUGAGUUAUAAGAGUCGCUGGCUCAGGAUGACGGCCGCGUUGCUCAGAGCGCCGAGGCACAGCCAGCCGUCCACACGCUCCGAAUCGGCUCCGUCAUCCGGCCUGGGUUCUCGGAUGGAGAAGGACCCCGCCAAAUUGCACUCCCAAAUUCUUUGACGGAAUUCUUUUCAACGUGAAGUCGGGUCCGUUUGGGAGUUGUCAUUGUUGGAACGGCCGAUCGCCGCCGAGGAAGCCAGCGUGAGAGGCUUUCCGACCGUGCCCGAAGAAGAUUUUCCACGUCCCCCCCCGGAGCGGGACAUGGAGCUCCGAAAGCAGCACGCCAAAGUGGAGCGUUUUCUCAAGUUGGGCUACUCGCACGAGGACAUCGACAGGGUGCUGAAGAGCCUCCACCGCGACGCCCAGACCAACGACAUUCUCCAAGAGCUAAUCAGGACCUGCCGCCUUCGCAGUGACGCAAGCGUCCCGCGCAGCCCCAAGCUGGUGUCGAGAGGCUGCGGCCCCCCCGGCGGACCCGCCGCAUCAAGACUUGCGGAUCAAGACGGCGCUCUGGCCUUCAGGCCCGUCGUCUUGGACGGAAGCAACGUUGCCAUGAGCCAUGGAGACAAGAAGGUGUUUUCGUGUCAGGGCCUCCAGAUGGCAGUGAACUGGUUUUGGGAAAAGGGUCUGCGAGACAUCACCGUGUUCGUUCCCAUGUGGAGGAAGGAGCAUCCGCGCCCCGAGGCCCCCAUCGCAGAUCAACACAUCCUCCACGAGCUGGAGAGGAGGAAGAUCUUGGUGUACACGCCGUCGCGUUGCGUCAACGGCAAGAGGGUGGUGUGCUACGACGACCGCUACAUCGUGCGGCUGGCUUACGACAUCGACGGCAUCAUCGUGUCCAACGACAACUACCGGGACCUUCAGAUGGAGAAUCCCCAGUGGAAGAAAUUCAUCGAGGAGCGGCUGCUGAUGUACACCUUCGCCAAUGACAAGUUCAUGCCUCCGGACGAUCCUUUGGGCCGAAACGGCCCCGCCAUCGACGAUUUCCUCCGAAAGAAGCCCAAAAAUGCGGACAACAAACUGCAGCACUGUCCUUACGGCAAGAAAUGCACCUAUGGCGUCAAGUGCAAGUUCUACCACCCCGAGAGGACCAACCGAUCGCAGCUGUCUGUGGCCGAUGAGCUCAGAGACCGAGCCAAGACGUCCAACUACAAAGCGCCUCCCCCCUCCGCCGACACCGACGAGCCUCCGCGCGCCGAGCAUGGCGUCUGUCGGAGAGGCCCGCCGGCCCGGCCCGACGCGGAAGCGGACGAGGCCUUCGGCUCGCUGGACGGCCGCGUGUCCGGACUCUACGUCCCGGAGGGGCCCCGCGACGCCGGCCGGCCCCCCUACAGCUACAGCAGCGGCGUGGCCAGCUGGAGCCUGGGCCGCGACGACUGCUCCCUUCCGGGCGGCGCCGGCGCCGGCCAAAGCUACGCGGGAACUCGCCGCUUUCCUCACGAUAGCCGCGAGUGCUCGGCGUGCGCGUGCGCUCGCUGUCAGGCCGGCGUGCCCCCCGGCGCGUGGGCCUCCUGCCCGGCCGCGCCCCCGCAUCGGCGGGAUCCUCCCCUCGUCUUUUGGGACAAGGACCGCUUGUGGCGGCCCGCGCGCCAGCAGAGCCAAAGCCUGCCCGGGGACGCGCGGGGCCUCGGCCGGCGUCCGGGCGGCCCGUCCGGCGAGCUGCGCAAAGAGCUGAGGAGCCAGCUGAGCACACUCUACCCCGAGGACGCGGUCGAGGGCGUGAUGAACGCUUACCCGCACGUGUCGGAGGUCACCCAAUUGAUCGCCCUCAUCCAGAGCUACGGGAGCAGCCGCGUUGCCUUCUGAUGCCACGCGCGCAAUUUGGGGUCACGAAAGAGCACGUGCCGGGGGGACGUGCAGCUCGUGUCUGGAAGUCGGUGGUCGGUUCUUAAUCGUCACGUACAAAGAAGAAAUACGGAAGGCCGAAAGGGCCGCUUGAAAAUACGUCAAGUCAAAAGUCAAGAGAGCAAGCGGACAUUGUUUGUAUUGUCGAGUUCAUUUCAGCGGCUUUCUGUUGGAGACGCUCGGGCCGAGACUCGAGGACGUUUUCCAGUUGGCCGACAGCCUGGCAGAGUUCGGAACAGCAGCCGAACGGCAUCGUCUCCGCAUUCACAACCCAAAAAAGAACAAACUGGAGUCGAGUGACCAUUUUUCAAACCGUUUGUCGAACGUGGAACAAGGAACUGGUUUAGCUUCUAAAAUGGAAUGAGCGUUAUUCACUACAUGCUUUUGAAAAUAAAUGGUGUUGUUCUUUUAA